AUGUUGCAUUUCAUGAUCUGCCCCUAUACAAAAGUAGAGGAAAGCUUUAAUACUCAAGCAGUUUUUGAUAUUUUGAAGAAAAGUAACACUCAAGAUUUUGAUCACAUGUUCUUCCCGGGCGUUGUACCAAGAACUUUUAUUGGAGCAAGCGUUGUCGCUACACUGGUUCAAAUUGUUAAACCAAUCCUUUUACCUAUUUUUCAGAUAUUUUCAAUUAUGUCCUCAGAUGCCCCUUCGGAUUUAUUAUUAACUAGAUUUAUAUUGGGAUGUCUUUCGUUCAGUGGAUAUCAGUACUUCAAGACUGGAAUCAAAUCAAAAUUUGGAUUAUCAACAGCUCUAUGCUUCAAUAUUAUUAAUUUAGUUCAGUUCCAUUUAUUAUUUUACAUGUCACGCCCAUUGCCAAACACUUUUGCAUUAGUAUUAAUAUAUUUUGCAUUUGGGUUUUGGGUAAGGGAUAAGGUCAAAUCCAUGUUUUUCUUGCUUGGUUUUACAGCUGUAAUUUUUAGAAGUGAUGUAUUUGUAUUGACAGCACCUCUAGCCAUCCUAUGUCUUAUUACUUUUCAAGUUAAUUUAUUCUCAGGAAUAUUAAUGGGCUUGAGUUCAAUAAUUUGUGGUAUUACAUUUUCCAUUUGUGUUGACUCUUUUUUUUGGAAUAGAUUUAUUUGGCCUGAAGGAGAAGUGUUUCUAUAUAAUACUAUUGAAAAUAAGAGUAUUAAUUGGGGCGCUAUGCCCUAUCAUUGGUAUUUUACAUCGGCGCUGCCAAGAUCUCUACUGUGUGCCAUACUUUUUAUUCCGUUCUCUAUUAAUGCCCUUAAAACAAGUGUCAGUAACAUCAAAAAGAAUAAGAAAAUACUUCUAUUAACCAUGUUUUUAGGAGCACUGACAUUUGUUGUACUUUAUUCAUUUCUUCCUCAUAAGGAAUUAAGAUUCAUAUUCUUUUCAUUACCAAUUUUUAAUUUGGUUGGUGCUGUUGGAUUAUCAUCAUUAUUGUGCGUACAUAAUCCUGGUUUUAUAAGAAUUGGUUUUUCUACGAUUCUAUUGAUAGGAUCAUUGCUCGCUAGCUCUCUCCUUCUUCAUGUUAGCUCUUUGAAUUACUUUGGGGCAAGCUCACUAACAAAAUUACACAACUAUUUAGACAACAGAAACUCUACAACAACUGUACUCAUCCACAUGGAUGCUCACGCUACAAUGAAUGGGGUUUCUCAAUAUUUAUAUCGUGAUGAAUACUCGUAUUCUAAACUAGAAUUAUUA